AGAGGCUCUUAUUUCUUUAACACCUAAUUAAUUAAUAAAAAGGUUAUAAUGUCUGAUUCACCUCAACAAAAUAACAAUGUAGGAGAUGAUUUCCCUCCUCCACCUCCUCCCCCUAGUAAUCUCAACACAGUGGCUCCUUCGUCGUCAUCUGUAGGUGGAGGUAGAAGAGAUAGAUCACCUGGACGUGAUAGAUCAUUAUCUCCUCGUCGUUCACCAUCUACAGGUGGUGGAGCACCCACUUCUGGUGGAAGAUAUUAUGAUGAAAGACGUUCUUACCGUGACGAUGAUCGUUAUAACAGUGGUGGUGGUGGAGCCAGUUCUGGUGGUGGAAGAGACCGAUAUGACUCUUAUCCUCGUCGCGAAUAUUAUCACCGAGAAGACCGUUAUGAUAACAGAGACCGUUACGAUAACAGAGAUCGUUAUGACAGAUAUGAACACAGAGACCGUUACGAACACAGAGGUGAUCGUUAUAAUGAUCGUUAUGAUGAUAGAAGAGGCGGUGGAGGUCGCGGUAACAGUGGUGGAUUCCCUCCCAAAUCAAGACAAAGAAGACCUGUCGAUAGAGGAAGUGAACAAGAAAGAAAGACCACGACAACAAUUUAUGCUGGUAAUCUUCCUUACGACUUUAUUGAACGUGAUGUCGCUACCAUGUUUGAACGUUAUGGUCGCUUAAAGUCUAUUACCGUACCAAUGGACGCUGUGACUAAUAAGAACAAGGGCUUUGCUUUUGUCGAAUUCGAAGAUCGUCGUGACGCUGAAGAUGCGUUUGAAAAGUUUGAUGGAUUCAGUGUUGAAGGUCGUCGUUUAAGACUUGAUUGGGAUAUUGGACUCUCAAAGAAGGAUGAACAUCGCCCUGCCCCUAGACGUUCAACAAGUGGAGGACCUCCUCAACCCAUGGACGACCCUCGUGAACGCCAAAUGAACGAUCCUUAUGCCGCUCCUCCCCCACCCCCACCUCCUAUGGAUGCCCGUGGAUACAGACGCGAUUCACCCGAACCUUACCGUAGAUAAAUUCCAAUCGCUGAAAUGUUCACAAAAAAAAAAAAAAUUUUUUUUUUAAUAACCUGAUUUUACGCGUCGAUUUAAAAAUUUGAUUGAUGAAAAAAUUGGAAAUUUACAUUAAAAAAAAUUACAGUGGAAAAAGACACUAAAACCUAAAAACUUAAUACAUUGGAAAAAGCAUGUCAGAGGAAAACUUACUCAACCGCACAACCAUUGGCAGAGUAGAGUAGAGUAGAGUAGAACAGAGGAGAAAGAAAAAAAAAAGAUCUAUGGUGUUUAGGUUUUUUUUUUAAGGGGAAAAAAUAGGGCCAAAAAAAAAAAAAUGUGUGAUAUUCAUUAGUUUUUAUUUUAUUU